AUGUAUGAUGCAGCACUUAAGGGAGACGUACCAUCCUUGCUCAACUUGCUAGACGAGGAUCCGCUAAUCCUUGAUCGAUGCAAUAUCCAAAAUUCAGGUCGUUUCAUGCAAUCUCCUUUACAUGUAGCUGCUAAUUUGGGACAUAUAAAUUUCAUAAUUGAGAUUCUAUGUCGAAAACCAGCACUAGUUGAGGAUCUUGAUCAUUACUCAAAAGGACCGUCACCACUACAUUUGGCCUCGGUGAAAGGGCACUUGGAAGUUGUUAGACAUUUGCUUGCAGUGAAGCCUAACUUAUGUUUUUCGCGUGAUCAGGACGGAAGGAACCCGAUCCAUGUCGCCGCAAUGUGUGGACAAGUUCAUGUGCUUGAUGUGCUUCUUCAGGCCUACUCACAGGCAGCAUGGGAGCGAACCAAUAACGGUGAUUCUGUUUUACAUUUGUGCAUCAAACAUAGACAACCUGAGGCUCUUAAGUUUUUAUCGACGUUUCUAGAUGAUCAUCAGUUGAUUAAUUCAAAGGAUAGUGAUGGUAAUACCAUCUUGCACUUAGUAGUGAUUGCAAAACAACCAGAGAUUGUAACAUUUUUACUAAAAGCCACGUCCAUUGAAGUAAAUGCCAUUAACACAAAUGACUUCACAGCAAUAGAUACUCACAUUCGAAGCAAGAUGGAUUUGAGGGACGAGGAUAUUUUGCAAUCUCUCAAGCAUUUCAAAGUCUUACAGUCAAAGAAUAUGCUCAAAUCACGAAGAAUAACGAGUGAUCAAGAUUGGUUGGAGAAAAAACGCAACACGUUGAUGGUGGUAGCAUCCCUGAUAGCAACCAUGGCUUUUCAAGUCGGAAUCAACCCUCCCGGGGGCACUUGGCAAGAUGAUCAAAAUAAUCGAAACGCAUGCUUUUCUUCCAAAAUGACUAUGGCAAAUGGUAAUAACAAUCUAGACCAUGUUGCGGGUUCUAUAAUGGCCAUAAAAACUCGAGGUCUAUACAACACACUAUUAGUCAGUAAUACCAUAGGACUAAUUUCGUCUCUAAGUGUUAUUCUUCUCCUUAUAAGCGGGCUUCCCUUCAAGAAACUUCUGGUAGGAAUUUUGAUGAUAACCAUGUGGAUUGCAGUGUCAGCUACAAUUAUGACUUACUUGUUCUCGAUAUGUUUUUUGUCACUCUAUAUACAUGGCUCCGGACGAGACCGUACAACAUGGGUUACAUGGAAAGUCAUGUUUAUUUCCUGGGCUUUGUUGAUGGCAAUUUUGCUCCUCGGACAUGGCAUUCGCUUCAUAGCAAAGUUGAUUAGAGACAGGUGCAGUCAAGGAUAA